CGACGAAAGCACGGUUCGGAAAGGACGCGAGGAAUUUUGAUCCGGCGAUAAAUAUGCAGCGCGAUGGCACCGACCUGUCAAUGUGAAAUAUUUCCCGGCCCAGUCAGUUUGGCAACGCGGACACGUCGCUACGCGUCGCGUGCCUUAUGGCAGAGCUUGGUGCAGCGCGGCCCACGGACCUAGGCGUCCUAACCUCGCCUGGGCUUGCCUCGGAGCCACUGAGCCGGGCUCGUGGAUGCAGCAGCCUCUCCGUUGGGCUUAGAGAGACACUGGGCAACUUAACCUCACUUCUGAGCCUCUCAACGUGGGACCUGUUGAUGCAACGCAGCAGCCUCGCAGACACUCGGGCAUAUGGAGACACAGUCCAACUUUACUGCACUCCUCUGGACGGCGUCCUGCUAAAGAUUGUCCUCCAUCAUGCGCGGCUUCGGCUACGCCAUGGAGACGCACUUCGUGACGACGCAGGACGGCUACCGACUGUGCCUGGAGCGCGCCGCCAACCCGGGCCGGCAGCCCGUCUUCGUGGCGCACGGCAUGCAGACGGGCUCCCCCGCCUUCGUGAUGCUGGGUCGCGGCAAGGCCCUGGUGCCCAUGCUCCACGACGCGGGCUUCGACGUGUGGAUGAUCAACUUCCGCGGCACCCACUACUCGCAGGGGCACAACAAGUACAGCACGCAGGACGAGGAGUUUUGGAACUUCAGCUGGCACGAGCACGGCGUGUUCGACAACCCGGCCGCCAUCGACUACGUGUUGGCGCGGACCCGCUUCCCGUCCGUCAUGUACGCGGGCCACUCCAUGGGCUCCACGUCCUUCAUGGUGAUGGCGGCGGUGCGGCCCGAGUACCAGCGCAAGGUGCGCGCCGCCUUCCUCUUGGCGCCGGCCGGGCCGCUGCACCGCCACACCAGCCCCGUGGUCGGCCUGCUGUACGCCCUCAACAACGUGACGCAGCCCCUGGUGGAGACCCUGGGCCUGCGCCGCACCAUGCUGCCCACGUACCGCGUGCUCCGGCGCGCCAUCAAACUGCUCCUGCCCGUGGCGAGACCCUUCCUCUACAUGUUCACCUACGCCAUCGUGGGCUACAAGCACAACGAGAGCUACUACGAGACGCCACACUUCUGGGACACCAUCCCGAGCGGCGGCUCCUGGGGCGAGGUCUUCCACUACGUGCAGAACGCCAACUACGACUCCCAGGGCUUCCGGCAGUACGACCACGGCCCCAAGAGGAACCGCGAGCUGUACGGCACGCCGGAGCCCCCGCAAUACAACCUCACCGCCAUCCGGACGCCCGUGUACAUCUACCUCGCCAAGAACGACAUCCUGUGUCAGAAGGAGGACAUGCUCUACGUGCAGUCCCGCUUGCCAAACGUGGUGGGCGUGCACGUGGACGAGGACGACACUUUCAACCACAUAGACUUCUUCGCCUCCCCGACGGUCAGCGGCCGCAUGAACAGCCGCAUCGUCGCCGACAUGCUGCGGCACUCGGCCGAGUUCGCCGAUAAGGAUAACAAGAUCACAUCUUCAUGAGAAAAGCGCGCUGGUGCUUUCCUUCAGCCUGACCGCGUGGCCGCGGCCGCCAACAGCACCAUCCCGACGGUAGCCCAGAGCCCCGGCGUCGCCGUGACCCCCGCACUCGACGAGCGCCCCGGGUCCAGCAUCAUGGCGGUCACGUCGUCCCAGAAGGCCAUGCGGUCCUGCGCGCCGAACGUGUUCUCGACGCGCACCUCGCGGAAGUCCCUGCCGAUGUACAGGUACGGCGGUCGCUGGCGGCGACCAGGCUGCGCGACGUCGGCGCCCUCCAGGAGUGGAACACGCCUGCGAGAGCAACGAGACAUUGCCAAAGACGCUAAAACGCAACCCUAGUCCGUAAGCACGUUUUUCUACAGUCAUUGUUAAAUUAUUGUUGUGAGCGUAAUAAAAUUUGUUUUUAAAACACCGCGUGACGGUGCAGCGGUGAUGGAAUGUGAAUGAGUGUUUACGCGUGACGGUGCAGCGAUGAUGGAAGGUGAAUGAGAUAACAUUGUUUGGUUUUCAAAU